UGCCGAUCGCGGCGCGUUGGCGUCGCGUUGGUGCUGCCCAAUGGAUUGGAUCAUAUCCUUGGAGAUUCGGGUGGUGACCACUGCCCCCCGUUUGCACGUAGCUCUCACUCUCAGUAGCCUUGGUAGCUUGGCGCGCGGCAGCUAGGGUGAUGGUUAUCUCGUGUUCUUCAUGAUGCCCCAAUUGGCCAUUCCCAUUGGUGAGGGGUGACGGUGACGGUGACGAGUUGACAAGACUGUGUGGUGCGCGCACUGGCCACGCCGCGAUCCCGGGUAAACGCGUGUGCUGCGCGGUCUCUGUCUUCUUCCUUGCGGGGCGGCAGAGUGCUCGCCGCGGAGCAACUGGAGGCCUGGCGAGCGUCGCCAUCGCCAACCAUUGUUUAGCUUUUCCCGUGUCUUCGUCGUGUUUAUGAUUGUUCUCGUUACCCAGUUAGUGCGCUGACACAUCACUUGCCUGAAGCUUCGGUUUGAUCCAUAUGUUAUUGCUACUAGUAGGUUGCCGUUAGCAGUGCUGUGUGUUGCUGAUUGCUGAAGUGUCCAUUUGCGGCAAGUGGGUGCGGCAUUGCAGGAAGUGGCGUGCGGCUUGGGUCACAAGUGGCCACCAAUGCGGCACUUUUGAUUUCCUGGUCAAGAUAGGAGGCACUUUUUCUGGCACAAGUGUCUCAAGUAGGUUUACUAGGUUUGUAGUCGUUGGAUCCCAGUCCCAAAUCAAAAGAAAAUAUUGUCUUGCAGUGUCUCUUAUUUACAAAUUAUGAAAAAAAACAAGUUGCCAUAGGUUGUUUUUCAUAAGCUUAGAGCUGGGAGCUUUGGAGUCAAAAACUGCAUCAAUAACCGUUUAGAUUGAAUGCAUAAGAAAAACAAGAGAGAAUGGUAUAAAUGAAACUUUCAUCCCUUAUAAAUUCAAAUGGAAUAUAAGAAUUUCUAGGGUAUAUAGGGCGCUGAACAUUUUCAUAAGAAAUUUCUUGUAUGGUUCAAAACAUUUUAAAUUCGUUCUAUGACCCUUUUCCAAAGGGCCCCUACAUUUUCCUAUGUCGAUAUGCAUCAUGACAGAUAGAUGCCUGCGACAAACCUAGUCAAGUACUAGCAAAAAAACAAUGAUCAAACUUUAUCUUGGUCCAAAUCCAAUGAAGCAUGUUUGGUUGUAACUUCGCACCAGCUUGCUCGUUCGCAUCUAUUGGACUUCUUUUACAUACCAUUAUGAUUGUCUUUAGAAAAAGGAUAUACUAUUUCACAGUUAUGAGUGCAACUACUGUCAUCUCUCACCAAAAUCAUAAAUAAAACUGAAUUUAGAUAUGCCAAUUCAAUCCUGAUCUAAACUAUAAAUUAAAUGAAAUAAAUUCAUGUGUGUCAAUUGUAGAGAUCCAUGACUUCCACGAAGCCAUGGACAGAUUUCAAAUAGCAAAUACCAACUUUCAAUGGAACCUUAAUCGGAGCGUUCAAGCAAAGAAUUAUGAUUUUGGCUUCCCACGUUCGUACAUUGAAAGUAGCCAAAAUAUGCUUUCAAGUCUUGACAUCUACUUCAAACUAUCAAAUUCUUACUUUGAAGUGUCUCAUUUGACAAUUCCCAUGUACGAUACUACUAUCAAAAAGGGUGAGUUUGAAUCAAAGAGAAAACAUUUGAUACAAAAAGUUAUAUUCUUUUCACCUGACAUCUAGGGCAAGGCACCACUAUGAUUAUCUUUACAAAAAAGAUAUACUACUUUACUAUUAUGAGUGCAGCUAUUCUCCUCUCACAAAAACAUAAAGUGAACUUACAUAUACCAAUUCAACCUUGACCUCAACUUUAAAAGGACAAAAUUCAAAUGUUUCAACUGUGGUGAUCCAUGACUUCCAACUAGACAAAGACAACUUUCAGCUAGCAUGCCAACUUUCAAUGAAUUCUUGAUUGGAAGUUUCAAUCGUAGAACUCAGAUUUUGGCCUUCCCAUUUCCAUCAAUUCAAACUAGCAAAAGUAUGACUCAAAGUCUCUAGACCUAAAACAAACUAUCAUAUUCUAACUUUAAAGUAUUUGAUUCAACAAUUUUGAUGAACAAUGCUAUCAAAAAGAGAAAAGGGGAAUUCAACACAAAUUUAAAAAACAUCAUACUUGAUGUAGGAAAAAAAAUACUCUUUUCAAUUUUCACAUAACAUCUAGGGCACAACCUUACUAGGUGGCUAGUGGUGGCACUGCUACUGCCAACAAGACGUGCAUAAAACACACAGAGUACAACCUAGGGUAGUGUUGAAUAAAGCUGUCGGCAAGGUGAGAGGUUAUGGAAUGUGCAUUGUUUGCCCACUGUAUUUAGGAAUGCUUGCAUCUUCACUUAGAAUAAUUCAAGAUCAAGUGUCUUUUGGAGUGAUUUAGUAACAUUUGAUUGAAACUACCGAAAGUAGUGAUAGGGUUGCAGUCUCCAACCUAAUAUCAUGAAAAUAUUAGAACUAUUGCUUAGCCUGACAAUGAUCAAGAUUCGAUAGAUAUUUUCCUGGCACGAGCAUGUUCGCGCCUUAUCCCGCGAAAAGCUAUGGCUGCCUUUACCGAUGGAUUCUGCUACUUGGAAAUUGAUAGGAACACAUUUUUUUUUUGAAAAUAGAUAGGAACACAUUAGUUUGAGAGAGAAGAUACCAUAUGUAUCGAAGACAUCUAUCUAAAGCAUCCUUAUGUGCAAAAAUCAGUGGUAAUUGAGGUUUUUUUUCUUCCAAAAAAACACUUCAGGUUGUUGCCAAUACACUUUCGUGGCUGUUGCCAACAUAGUCAGGUUGAAACUACCAGGUCAAAAGCGUAUGUGUAGUGCUCCGCGGCGACCACCUUGGCACCUUCGAAGACUGCUCUCCUGCUGGUCUCCGUAGAUCUACCGGCUUAUUAGUAUGUCAUGUGUGUACAAACGGUUAUUGCCGUUCGCUAGCACCAGUCCAUGGUUUUGACAAAAAAGUGAGAUCAGGAGCUUUGCUGGCCGACGGGAGCGUCCCUUACCCGGAGCUGACCAAGUGAUCAGCAGGGUGGUGCGCAUCCGGUCACGUCAGUGGCUCGCGGGACAGUCGUCGCUUUGCCCCGUCCGACGGCCACCUCGGAACUUCCCGUGCGCGGAUGACGACGGCCCGAGCGAGUGCCCAGUCAAAGGUUUCGGCCGCUACAUGCAGCAGUGUCCACACAGGACGCGCGCGCGGACUCCGCUUCAUCAUUUACUCAGCCACCUGCUUGCCCUCCCAUCAACCGAUUCACCCCCUUCACCAUUUACUCAGCGUCUCAGCCACUUGCGCUGUCCUGUCCUCCCACCACUGAUUCACCCCCUUUGCUCGUCUCGUCGCUCCCAUGGCUCCAUCCUUCUUUCUGCUCUUCCUCGUCUCGUCGGCGCCGCUGAUGCUUGCGGCUGCAGCAGACGGGCAAGGAGCAGAGCCCUGCCCGACCGUGCCAGUGCCAUGCGGCAAGGUGAACAUCAGCUUCCCGUUCGCGAUCGUCCCGGAGGAGGCGACGACUAGGAGCUGCGGCGCGAUCGGGUUACAGGUUGUUUGCCUGAACAACAUCCCGUUCCUCGGAUACAAUCGGCACAACCACCAGUUCCAGAUCCUCGACAUCUUCUACGGCAACGCCUCCUUGCUCGUCGUCGAUACGCACAAGCUCGAGCACUUCGAUAGCUCUGGCCCCAAACCCUGCCACGCCCCGGAGAACAACAGCUCCAACAAGCUCGGCCUUCCCUUCUCGAUCAGCAGUAAAAACCAGAACCUGAUCUUCUACAACUGCCCCAAGCCGCUGACGGAGAAGGUGCAGCGGAGCGGGGGGCUUGUGGAGACCAGGUGCGGGAACAAGACGUUUGCUCGCGUCGCCGAGCGUCUCGACGAGUCUGGCAGCUACGGCGGCUACUUUCUGGAGGGCUGCACAGCUACCUUGGUGCCGGUGCUCGUGGGGUCUGGCAAGGCGAACGCAAGCAGAUACGAGGAGCUCGUCAAACAUGGCUUCCUGUUGUCAUGGCAGGUGCCGCCCCCGUCGCCGUCAGGAGGGAUCACGACAAGGGAAAUAGCUGGAAUUGCCGCAGGUGGAGUAGGAGCUGGUGGUAUAUUAUUGGUAGCAUGCCUUCUCAUUGUCUGGCACAAGCGCAAGAGGAGGAAACAAGCUAGAGCUCCCAAUGGCUUCACGCGUAGUGAAUCUUCAAUGCAAUCGUACAGCAAAGACCUUGAGUUGGGUGGCUCACCCCAUAUUUUCACUUAUGAGGAACUUGAAGAAGCUACUGAUGGAUUUAGUGACUCGAGGGAACUUGGUGAUGGUGGUUUUGGAACUGUUUACAAAGGAAAACUCCGGGAUGGAAGAGUAGUUGCAGUUAAGCGCCUUUACAAGAACAACUACAAACGGGUUGAGCAAUUCAUAAAUGAGGUAGACAUCUUGUCCCGCCUCCUCCACCAGAACCUAGUCAUCCUAUAUGGCUGCACAUCUCGUAGCAGCCGUGACCUUGUGCUCGUGUAUGAGUACAUCCCUAAUGGGACCGUCGCAGACCAUCUUCAUGGACCCCGUGCAUCAGAACAGGGCCUCACAUGGCCCGUGAGGAUGAACAUUGCCAUAGAAACAGCUGAAGCACUUGCAUACCUGCAUGCAGUGGAAAUCAUACACCGUGAUGUUAAGACGAACAACAUACUGCUGGACAACAGCUUCCACGUCAAAGUUGCCGACUUUGGGUUGUCACGUUUGUACCCUCUUGAAGUCACCCAUGUCUCAACAGUUCCACAGGGCACGCCAGGCUAUGUCGACCCGGUGUACCACCAGUGCUACAAGCUAACUGAUAAAAGUGACGUGUAUAGCUUCGGCGUUGUGUUGGUAGAGCUCAUAUCCUCUAAACCAGCAGUUGACAUGAGCAGGAGCCACAGCGAGAUUAACUUGGCCAAUAUGGCUCUCAACAGAAUUCAGAACCACGAAGUUGAGCAACUGGUUGACCCCGAGCUCGGUUACGAGACUGACAGCGAAACAAAGAGAAUGAUAGAUCUUGUUGCCGAGCUGGCUUUUCAGUGCUUGCAGCUAGAAAGGGAAUUGAGGCCGUCGAUCAAGGAGGUAGUGGAGGCCCUGAAUUGCAUCAAGAAUGGGGAUUCCCCAGAAAAAAGGGUGGAUAUGAAGUCUUCUCCUAAGGAAGAUGCACACUUGCUGAAGAAUAGCAUACAGUAUUCACCUGAUUCGGUAAUCCACAGAUUCCAUAGUCAAUCGACUACACACUCGGUAGCAUCAAACGCUAGCGGAUGAGAUGAGAUUCCUUGUAUGUACUGAUCCUGAAGAAAUAAAGCCCUUUCGGAUGCGUUGUAUAUAGUAUAGAGAUUGGCUAAUGAGCUGGUUCAUCUGGGUAAGUUUUUUUCCCCUUUUUUUGUUGACUGACAAUGAACUAUAAGAUCAUGUUGUAUGGAAGGCUCGAAAAAGUAUGAGCUUGCCACAAAUUCAAACAGUAGGCAGUUAGUAGAAGCAGUAUAAGGGUAAUAUAUAAUAGCUUUCAUGUUGACAAUACAAGGGUGAGUAAGAUGAUGAACUGAGGAACAUGCAACAAAAAAAAAAAAUUCAAGCUGUACUUGCACACCACCUACUCUAAUUGGCUGAUGGACAUGUUUAAGUUUGUCUUGGUUGGUGCGUUGUAGUAUGUUGACAGCCCGCAUUUUAUAUUUGAAGAUUUCAGGAUA